ACGAAGUACUUCAAUAUCAAAUUUGCACGAUUUUUAUCAUUGCGUUUUAGUUUCUUUGCUUGUUAAAACGAUAUAAAAUGUCUUUGCUUACGGAGAUGAUAAUUGAAGCCGUUAAAGUUAAUCCGAUAUUAUAUGAUGUAGAUCACGAAGAAUUCAAAAAUAUUAAAAAGAAGAAUGAAAUAUGGAACGCAAUGGGUAAAGAACUGAAGGAAACUGGAGAUACAUUAAAGAAGAAAUGGAGGAAUAUAAAAGACACACAUGCUAAAUAUUUAAAAGCAAAUAAUUGGAAUGGUGAAGGAAGUCCAAAAAAAAAAUAUAAGAAUUGGCAAUGGGGACCCUUGAUGGAAUUUUUUAAGCCUUUUCUGGCAUCUCGCACAUACGACCUCAGUGACACCGCUUGCUCUCAAUCAACGCAUCAGUCUGACUCUGAACCAGACUCAGAUGAGAACGAAAGUGUAUUAGUACCUGAAACAUGCCAAAAUGACGAAUGCCAAAGAGGCCGAGAAUGCUGUAUUGAACAAAAGCAAUCGGCGAUGCCAUCUACCGCAAGUCUAAUAUUAAGGAAUCCGAGGAACCGGAGACAAUUUACCAGAACAACGAAAAGAACAAUGCUUCCAGUUGAUGUUGUAGUCGAAUUUCUUAACAAAAAAGAAAAAUUAAGUCCUAUUCAAAUGGUUUUUAUGGGAUAUGCGGGAACUGUAGAUAAAUUUUCUAUGGAAAGACAAAUUACAACAAAGAUGAAGGUUUCAGAAGUCAUAAUGCAACAGGAAAUGUUGCAUACCGCUGAAAUAAUAAUAUCAAAUAAGAGAAAAGAGAAUAAUGACAAUAGUGAGAGUUCAGAACCAUCUGUAUCCCGUCAGACUAAAUCAAUGUAAACAAAGUGUCAUUACAACAUGCUAUACUUUUGCAUUUCAAAGGCAUAUCUUACUUUAUAGUUUGUGUUAAGUUAAUGAAUGUCUCGUAUUUUUUAACCUUUAUGUUAAUAUUAUAAUUUUUAAUUAUUUCAACUAACAAGUUAUGAAUUUCGUAAUUAUUGAACAA